AUGGGCAUCAAGCAGCUGUUCCAGAUCAUCAAAGAAGAAGCUCCAGAUGCCAUCAAGGAAGGAGAGAUCAAGAACCACUUUGGCCGAAAAGUCGCCAUUGAUGCGUCCAUGAGCAUAUACAGCUUCCUGAUUGCCGUCCGCUCCGAUGGCCAGCAGCUCAUGAACGACAGUGGCGAGACCACAUCCCACUUGAUGGGCAUGUUCUACCGCACCCUCCGAAUGGUUGACAAUGGCAUCAAGCCGCUCUACGUUUUCGACGGCGCACCUCCCAAGCUCAAGUCGGGCGAGUUGGCGAAACGAUUCCAGCGCAAGCAGGAGGCCAACGAAGGUCUGGAGGAAGCCAAGGAAACGGGUACCGCCGAGGAAGUGGAAAAGUUCUCGCGGCGGACGGUACGUGUGACGAGGGAACAUAAUGCAGAGUGUCAGCGCCUGCUGAAGCUCAUGGGAAUACCGUACAUCAUUGCGCCGACAGAAGCAGAAGCUCAGUGCGCCGAGCUGGCUAGGGCUGGCAAGGUCUACGCAGCAGCGAGCGAGGACAUGGAUACCCUGUGUUUCAACACGCCGAUUCUGCUGCGACAUCUGACCUUUAGCGAGCAGCGCAAAGAGCCCAUUCAAGAAAUUCAUCUAGCCAAAGUGCUCGAGGGCUUGAAUAUGGAGCGACCGCAGUUUGUUGACUUGUGCAUUCUUCUCGGCUGCGAUUAUCUCGACCCGAUUCCCAAAGUUGGCCCGACAACUGCGCUGAAACUGAUUCGCGACCACGGUUCGCUGGAAAAGGUGGUGGACGCCAUCGAGAACGACUCCAAGAAAAAGUACACGCUGCCCGAGGACUGGCCGUACAGGGAUGCACGAGAGUUGUUUUUCCAGCCAGAUGUCCGCAAAGCAGAUGACGCUCUUUGCGACUUCAAGUGGGAGAAGCCCGAUGUCGAAGGCCUUGUCAAGUUUCUCGUCACCGAGAAGGGCUUUUCCGAGGACAGGGUGCGCGGCGCAGGUGCUCGCUUGGAAAAGAACCUCAAGUCUUCUCAGCAAGCUCGGCUGGAAGGCUUCUUCAAGCCAGUCCCCAAAACAGACGAGGAAAAGGCUGCUCACAAACGCAAAUUGGACGAGAAGAAUGAGCAAAAGAAGAAGAAGCUGAAGCAGGACAAGAAGGACAAGGCUGUCCAAAAAGCAAAACCCCGCGGCACCUGA